GAGUACUUCAGGCCAGAGCCAGCAGCUGCCCGCAGCUCCCACACGGCCGUCACCCUUCCUGGCUGUGCUGCACCGCGCUGUGCCACGGUCCCUUUCACGCUGGGUGGCUGAGCUGACGGCCCUCCUGGGCCUCUUCUCUGUCCAGGGAGCCGCCAGCAGACCCCAGGCACCAUGUCCCGGGAGCUGCCGCUGCUGCGCUGGUUGUGGGGCCGGCCCAGUGUGAAGGCAGUGGUAACUGCGGGGCUGUUGGUCACCGUGCUCUGGAACCUGAAGUGCUUCAUCCGCUCAUCCAACAGCUCUGAUGAAGCCCUCAAGCACACAAAGGUGCUGACAGUCCUGGUGUGGGAGUGGCCGUCGAGGCAGGUCCCAGACCUAAGCGGGGAUGUCUGUCGCGAGCAGUACGGCAUUGCGGGCUGCCGGCUCAGCACAGAGCGGCGGCUCCUGAGCCAGGCUGACGUGGUGGUGUUCCUUCACACCACUCUCCCGCGGGGCCGGGACAGGCUGCCCCGAGACAGACCGCACGGGCAGGGCUGGGUCUGGGUGUCCCUGGAGUCCCCCACCAACACGAGAGCGUUAGCAGGAUGGAACCAGACCUUCAACUGGGUGAUGACCUACAGAAGGGACUCGGACAUCUUCAUGCCCUAUGGCAAGCUUGUGCCCAACCGGUCAGCCACUGUGAGCAUCCCCACAAAGACCAACUUGGUGUCCUGGGUUAUUAGCAACUAUCACAGGACUCAGAAAAGAGCUGAAGUCUACAAGAACCUGUCCAGGUAUCUCCACGUGAAUAUCUAUGGGAAAGCAGCCAAGAAGCCACUUUGCAAGGACUGCCUUUUGCCCACAACAUCCAAGUCCAAGUUCUACCUGGCCUUUGAGAACUCCAUCCACCAGGACUACAUCACCGAGAAGCUCUGGAGGAACUCUCUGCUGGCUGGCACUGUGCCAGUGGUGCUGGGCCCCCCCCGGGCCAACUACGAGCAGUUCAUCCCCGCAGACUCAUUCAUUCACGUCGAUGACUUCAGUUCCCUGGCAGAUUUGGCCACCUUCCUGAAGACCAUGAACUCCAGCCGCUACCAGCAGUUCUUCGCGUGGCAGAAGAGGUACAGCGUGAAGCUCUACGCAGAUUGGAAGGAGCGCAUCUGCACCAUCUGUGCCACGUACCCCCGCCUGCCCCAGGGCCGCCUCUAUCCCGACCUGCAGAGCUGGUUCAACUCCUAGCACAGGGCUGGCACUGCCGGAUACAUCCGGGGUGCAUUUGGGUGGCAGAGAGCAGUCCUGGAGAACAGGAUGUCAGGCAGUGAGGAUGUGGGACUUCUCCUCCUGGCCGCCCUGUUGCCACUCUGUGACCCUGAGCAACACCGCGUGACAGAACUUCCUGCACACCACAACCACCCCCGUACUGACCUACCUCACUGUGGUGCUGCUGCAACCACAGGGUGCUUUGGAAAUAAACAGCACAAAUUUCCUGA